AUGAAAGAAGUGGAUUUGCCUACGCAAAUGGAUCCUAACUUUGCUGCAUGGACAAAGCACACUAAAGGAAUUGGAUUAAAGCUUCUUCUUAAGGAGGGGCAUGAGGUGGGCAAAGGUCUUGGAAAAGAUAAAACAGGGAUUGUAUAUCCACUUCAAGCGCAACUCCGGGAAGGCAAAAGCACAGGGCUUGGUUAUGCCGCUCAAGACAAAUCUUACCAGAAAGAACCUCUAGAACUUCCCAAACCACAAGGGAUCCCUUCUUGGAAGAAAGGAGCAUCAUGUGAGCCGCUUUCCCACAUGCAUGCUGUUACUUACGAGCAAGUGCAGCGGCAAACCAAAGUUAUUGACAUGCGUGGCCCACAAAUACGAGAAUUUACAAACUACCAUGAAAUGUCUAAAGCAAUAAACCACGAGACUAACGACUUUGAUGGAGUGAAAAUGUCUUCUGUUUCAUUUCCGGAACUCAAGCAUAAUUUGCGACUUCUUGUGGAUAUAUCCUGUAACGAUUUGGGAGAAAUUGAGUCCAAAAUUACUAUGGAAGAAGAUUCGCUUUAUCUUUUGAAAGAAGAGAUGAAAAAACUACAGAAAUUUUCUUUGAAGGAAAAAGAAAAACUCACUAAAUUAAUCGAAAUUAAAAACAUGAUUCACCAGUACGAAAACAGCACGAAAACUUUAACAGAAAAACUUAAAUUGGAAAAGUGCGUCGCGCUUUUUCAUUCGUUGCAGAACACUUAUUCACGAGAGUUCGUGGCUUAUGAUCUCACCGGAUUAUGCUCCGCACUGGUCUAUCCUCUGGUUCAGGAGCACCUGGCAGCGUGGGAGCCACAUGAGAAGCCCAAAUAUGGAGUUGAGAUGUUUUUGUUGUGGAGGGAAAUUCUUCUCCCGCCUACUUCCGUGGAAGAACUCGCUUUACACAAUCGUGAAAUGCAUGAUUACGAGCGAAUGUUAUGGGACUUGUGGUUGCCCCGAAUAAGAGAUAGUGUUGAUCUUUGGAAUCCUCGCGAUUAUAAAAAUAAUAAAAUCCUUAAACUUUUUGAAAAAUGGAGAGAUGUUAUUCCUAAUUGGCUCUUUCAUUACACAUUGGAUCACUUGGUUUUUUCCAAACUUUGGCGCGUAUUAUUAAAUCUUUAG